AUGGUAGCUACAGUGGAUACUUUCAUGAUUCUACAGUUGGUUUUGUGCAUUGCAAUCGUGCAAGUUGCUCAAGCACAGGACUUUAAUGUGCUCAAUUAUGGUGCACGUGGAGACGGAAUAACAGAUGAUUCUAAAGCAUUUAGCAAUGCAUGGAAAGCAGCAUGUGGAUCUGCAUCAGGAAGUCCUACUCUUCAAAUUCCACAGGGGAUGAAAUUUUUGCUCAAACCGAUCACUUUCAAAGGUCCAUGCAAAUCUUCCACCAUUCAUGUCCAGUUGUUUGGGAGCAUUAUUGCACCCAGUAAUCCAUCGGCUUGGGCUGGAUUUGACCGGAGCAAGUGGCUUAUGUUUGAGUAUGUGAAUGGACUCAUCCUGGACGGAAACGGCCGAAUAGACGGUCAAGGUUCUGCUUGGUGGCAAUUGUGCGGGAAGGCACUGGUGUUUCAUGCGACCAAUAACCUUAAAGUCGACGGGUUGACCCACUUAAAUAGCCAAAGGAACCACAUCUCUAUUAACGGAGCAGAUACCGUUGUGUUGUCUAACCUCCACAUCUCAGCCCCUGAAGAGAGUCACAACACAGACGGAAUUGAUAUUUCUAAUUCCAAGAACAUCCAAAUCUCGCACAGUAACAUCUCGACCGGUGAUGAUUGUGUCGCUAUCAACGGUGGGUCAUCCUUCAUUAACAUCAGUGACAUGACAUGUGGUCCCGGGCAUGGUAUCAGUGUGGGCAGCUUGGGAAAGGCAGGAGCGUUUGAAACAGUGGAAGACGUUCAUGUGCAGCAUUGCACCUUUAUAGGCACAACAAAUGGAGCUCGGAUUAAAACCUGGCAGGGAGGGUCAGGGUAUGCAAGGAGAAUUUCAUUCAAGGACAUCACUUUGGUGGCUGCUCAACAUCCCAUUUUAAUCUCCCAGUUUUACACUGACUUCACGGAAUCAUCCAGGCUCAAUAGAACCAUCACCACAAAUGAUCUGAAGGUUAGUGAGAUUACGUUCGCUAGGUUCCAUGGGACAUCAGCAACACCCAGUGCUAUCACAUUCCAGUGCAGCAGCCAGGGAGGUGGGUGCACUGGCCUCAGACUCGACCACAUCCAUAUCACCUCUUCCACUGGUGGGAAAACCUUCGCCAAUUGCAGCAGUGCUCAUGGAUCUUACCAUGAUGUCAGUCCUAGAGUUGAUCAUUGUCUUCUACGCUAGCCAUCUCCUCUAUUUACGGAAUUAGGAACGUAAAAUGUGUAUUGUACCGAUGCAUUGGUUCUGCAAUUUGUCAUCUUUAGUUAUGGGGUGAUUGAAUAAGGCAGCAGUUAAUGUUACAGCUUCUGUGUAGUGGA